AUAGUUAAAGCUGUGAUGUAAUAUGGUAUGUUAAGCCUUCGUCAAUAUGAAACAGAUCAGUAACUAAACCGAAAAUGUGAAAAUACGAUAUACUCCGAGGUACUCGAACGCGAUCAGCUGUGUUUACACCUGCUUGUCACAAGGCUCGGUUCCUCAAGACCAAGCAUCGCCUUUAGUUUAUGGACUUCCAUUUACUCCGUGGGUAAUCAUUGACCGUAGAUUGGGUUUGCAGCGUUCCUAAGGGAGUUCGCCUGAAAUAUGGACACGAUAAGCAUGUGCUGCGUGACUUGGAAUGUGGAGACAGGAUGGCCAGAGCAAGACUUGCAUAAUCUUCUGGGAAUACGGAAAGAUCCAAUUAUAAAGCGCGAAUCAGAUGACCUGUUGCCAGAUAUAUAUGUAGUGAGUUUGCAGGAGGUGAAGUCCCAGCCACAAAAUGUAGUGAUGGAUGCUUUGUUUGAGGAGCCUUGGACUCUUGCCUUCCGAGAAGUCGUGGGACCCCAUGACUAUGUGAAGAUCAGCACUGAGCGUCUUCAGGGAUUAGUCACGACCAUCUAUGUCAAGCGGAAACAUGUGCACCACAUACGUGACAUUCAUACCUCUGUCACUAGAACUGGAUUUGGUGGGUUAUGGGGAAACAAAGGAGCUGCAAGUAUUAGGUUCACUCUAUAUGGCUGUUCUGUAUGUGUUGUCAACUGUCAUUUGGCGGCACACGACAAUGGCUACAAGGAGCGAGUCGAAAAUUUCAACGCAAUUAUCGAUUACUCCACCUUCCCAGUACCAGAAACUAGCAACAUUCUUUUCCACGACUAUGUCUUCUGGAUGGGUGACCUGAACUUCCGGUUUGAAAGCCACUUAACAGGGGAAGAAAUUGUCCAACUAAUAAAAGCCAGUGACUGGGGAAGCCUAAUGGAAGUAGAUGAGCUAAUUAAGGCUCAGAAAAGUGGAGAUGCCUUUUCAAUGUUAAAGGAAGAAAGGUUAUCCUUCCCACCAACUUACAAAUAUAAAGAAGGAACUUCCACGUAUGAUUUAGCGAGAAGACCCGCCUGGACAGACCGGAUCCUCCACCAGGUCCAUGUGGAUGCCUACGAAAAUGUGAAACUUGGAGUGGAGCAGUCCUCUUAUACUCACUCUGCCUCCUAUACUCAGUCAGAUCAUAAACCAGUCAAAGCUAAUUUUAGGAUCAAGGUAUUUGCCAACCAUGAAGAAAGGUGUGUACGAUUCACCUGCAUAGGAACAUGGUUGGUAGGUGAAGGUGGCCCAGUGAAGUUCACUAUAGACUCAGGAUGUUGAAACUUCAACCUGGGACUAUGUUGCUCUCUACAAGGCUGACUUUACAUGUAUGCAGCAGUACAUCACAUACAUGUACGUUCCUCAGCCAUCUCCAGGAUCUGGACAACGAACCUUUCAGAUGGUGUUCAACGAUGAGCUCCUGCAGCACCCAGGGAUGUACCGCCUCUUGUAUUAUUCUGGCAAGUACAGCAGCUAUCUAGGAAUGAGUGAUCCAUUCCCUGUUCUCACACGCCAGGAUUAGCUGCUGUUUUAUUGGCAGAGUAUCAAGUGUAAACAUUUAUAAUUUAGCAAUAUCUCCGAGGCUCAUGAGACCUAGAUACCUGUCAAAUCUGGUGUAGAAGGAAAUGUACAUGUUCCACAACCAAAAAAGUAAAUGAUUCUGAUGUGAUUAUUUUAUCUGAGAAGUUUUAUAUUUUGUGCAAUAUUUACAUCGGGUGUUAGCUCUACCUUAGCCGUGAUUCAUCUUGGAAUUGUUAUUUUGGAUUUGGUAAACCAUCAGCUGUUGAAGUGGGCAAAUGAUAAUAUAAUUUAUAAUACCAGGUUUCUGAAAUUAAUAAUGUCAUCAUGAUUGCACUAAAUGUUACUCUUAAACCUAAUGUGAAUGUGAAAUUUAGGGGGUAUAUUGAAUCCAUUCAGACCAGGAGAUAAUGUAGGCUCAUACAUGCUGUGUCCAUUGUGCUCUUAGUUUAUUAAUUUUGUUUACCCUCAAAUGCUUACUCACAAAGAAGUCAGUUAUUGAUCUCACCUGGUCACCCAAUUCCUUGAACUUGAAUUUUAUUACUAUUAGUAUUUUCAAUAACGUAAUGAUAUGAAUAAUGUCAGUGAUAAUGAAUAAAUUAUCACAUAUGAAGAAGAAAUAAUCCCCAAAAGUCAAGGAAUUUGAAUAAAGUCAGGCAAACCUAGUACUAGACUCCUAGGUGACUAAGCAGUUUUAGAGCCAUUUGUGUGUAAACAAAAUUGACAAAACAGAACUACAGUAGACUCUUCAUGUAACCUGAGUUCAUUGGAUUAGUACUGAUAUUCCAGCAAGUAGAUGAAAUUGCAUUGUUAUUCCUGUUCAAAAUCCAGAAUAGAGUGUGUGUACGUACGUGUGUGCGUGCAUCCGUGCGUGCGUGCGUGUGUCCGUGUACAUGUGUGUGCGUGUUUAGAUAUCAAUCAGUUUAACAUAUGUGUUCACAUUAGUUCAUGAAAGUAGAAUAUGAUUAAAUGUUUGUACAGGAGUGACUGUUAUAUAUGUUAUGAACUCUUGUUUCUUUCUUUCUCUUUUUUUUUUUUUCCUAUCUGUUAUAGAAUGUGUCUUUUUCUGUCUUUAUUAAAGAUUUUUUUCAGAGGAGUUAGGAUAAACAUAUGCAUUUGUUAGUCAAGGUAGUGUUCAGUAGUGUAACAUAUUUAUGAUGAUCUAAGAUGUGAGACAGACAGACAGACAGACAGGGACAGAGAGAGACAGAGAGAGAGUGCUUGUGUGCGUGUGUGGUUGUUUGUUUGUUUGUUUUCUGUGUAUAGCUGACCUUAAUGAUAUUUUCAGUUACACAGAGAAAAGACUAUUUGAUACAUGACAUAGGAAUUAGCAUUAUCAUCAACAAAACUUGAAAAAAAUAUAAAGAUUUGCCAAUCUCUUUACAUAUUACAAGGCCUUAUUUUGUAUCACUGAUUUUAUUAUAUUACAGUUUCAAAAUUUGCUUUCUACUUCUAAUCCAUGACACUGUAGAGUGCCUGCCACCUUUUGGUAUUUUGUACUUUAAUUUUUUUUAAACAUUUUUGCAUAAUCCCUCAGUACUUAUACAUACAUAGCCUUAUAUAUUGCUUGCAAAUUUAUGUACAUAUUAUUGAUGAUAUUCAAGGUAUUUAUUUUUAGACAAAAAAAAAAAAAAAUAAAUGCUUCUUUUUCUUUGAGUUCUUAUUUUCAGUUUAAGUGCAAUUUUGAGAGGUAUUCAAAAAAAAAACGUUUAUUUCUUUUUCACUAACAAUAUAUAUUUUCAUUACCAUGGCCUCUCUAUGCUUGGAGAUCUCACUUAUUCCAUUAAAUUUUUAAAAAUAUAUUUCCUGCAAACUUUUGAUUGCAGAGGAGUUAACUAGAUACGGUUCUCUGUUGCAUUUAAACAGUAUAUCUGAGAGAUGUAUAAACCACUUUCUUGGUCACUUUCAUUUUAAAUAGAGGAAAGACGAUCAAAAUUUGUUUGCACAUCUUUUAUCAAAGUAUUUUAUGGUACACAUGCCAGAUUUUAGACUGGUUUGAUAAUGCUUUAUGUUAAAACUGUACCUUCUUCCUAUAUGUGUUUCUUAUUGUGUUAUUUGAUAUUAUAUGCAUUUGAUUUUUGAGUAGUUGCAGAUGCUGUAUAUUCAUAAAGGUAAAUAGUCAUUGCUAAAGUUAUCGGUCCUUUUUCUCACUCAUUAACCGAUUAGUUUGGUUCAUAAUGGUGAUUGCUUAGAGUAUCCCCUUUAGUACACAUGAAAGUUUACUCUCAUUAGCACCAGAAGGUUAAAAUGUUGAUUAAUAUAGUUUGAAAUUUCCUAAUCCAUUAUAUUAUAAAGAUUAAGAGGUCUCUAGGAACUGUACUAAGUGAAAGAAAAUUUCUUAGGAAACAUUGCAAGUGAAAGAUAAUAUUACUGCUAACAGAAAAACAUUUAAUAACAAAACAGUAAAUUAGUACAUUAUCAGCUUUUGAUUAAUCCAUUGAUCAAUUUUUCUGUUUCUUAUUCUAUCUUUGUCACAUGUGAUAAGAGUUCAUAUAUGAUUGAUAAAUAGGGAUCAGUGGUAUGAAAUACAACUUAAGAUAGAUAUUAGCAUGAAGUUAUUCAUUACAUACUGUAAUUGGUAAACUUUAAAAGAUGUGUAACUGGCCAUGACAUGUUUCUUCCAUUUUGUGCAUUCUGUAGGCAGUAAACUGGAGAAAUUAAGAACAAUGUGUAAAAGUGUGUUUAAAAGUAAUUUUCACUCGGCAGAUUUAUGCUUGAUAAUGAAUUGAUCAGUUGGAUAACACAAGAGUAGCCUAAAUUUUAUUCAUACAAUUAUGUAUUGGCCUAUAUUUUUGAUGAAAUGGUAUGUAAGUUUGCUUUAUCAAAUGCGGCAUAACAGAAACAACCUAAAAAGAUAAGGAUGAAAAUAUGUAAAAUAUGUAAAUGGACAGUUAUAACAGGUGUAAAAGAUUAUUUAAUUUUGUUUCUUCAUCAGUCCCAUCAUUUUUAAUAUUAUUACGAGUAAAAAGGAGUUAUUAAUCAUACUGAUUCAAAUCAUCAUUUAAUGAUAUCAUCUAUCUUUGUGAUUCCUUGCUGUUAUACUAUCCAGAACAAGUCAAAUGUAUUCCUUCAUGGUCAGACUGCAUCUCUAUGAAUUAGACGCCAUCAUAUUGCUUUAAAAAAACACAUGCACAAAAACUGCUAAACUGGUGAAUGCUGUGGUCAUUGGUCUUCUUGAUCCCCUAAGAGUUCACACUGCCCUUAGGAUGCCUCACCAACUCUUGGCUUUACGACAAAGAGAGCAAAAGUCAGUGGGAUUGAUAUUAAGAUAACCUAAGGGGAUAGGGGAGACUUAGAUAUUUUUUUUUAUAAAUACUGGCCCAGAUGUUAAACUUCUUUUCCAAAAUAAAGAAAAAAUUAAUAUAGAAAAGUCAUAUGGCAUAUGGUUUCUCUUGUUUUGAAUAUAUAUAUAUAUAUAUAUAUAUAUAUAUAUAUUUUUUUAUAAAGACAGAGGUUUUUAUAUUGUAACAGUCAAAAACUCAAAAGUGUUCAAGAAUAUAUCUUUAUAAAUCUAGUUAUAUCAUGUGUGUGUUUUGCCCAAUAUCAUGAAAAUUCCUAAAAUGAAUGUACCUUUUUUUGUGCUGCUUUGUAUUCAUGUUGAUAUCAGAUAAAAAACAAUUGCAACAGAUUUAGUGUGUGGUUCUGUUAGUCAGUUCAGUUUUAUGUAGUUUAACAUGAAUACAUAUGUGUUUGUGUCUGCCAUCUUGCAUGUUUUUCUAUAUAGAGAAGGAAGCAAAAGAGAUGCAGAAUGUUUGUAAGAAUAGCAUGUGAAUGAAAACAUUUGCAGAGGAAUUUUUCAUAUAAUGUAAAGUACAAGGCUUACACAAAGUUAUCCUGAUUAUGACAGAUAAGAGACUGAAUAAUGUCAUGGUAAUGCUUCAGGAGCACAAGAAUAAAUUAGUCUUAUUUGUAAUGAAAUGACAGCAAUAGCAUGUGUACAUCCUCAAUACAGUUGGUAUAAUUAACCCAAUGCUGCCGGAUACAUGUCCAUUAUUUUGUUUUGUGAAUUUUGUGUGUAUAUAGAUGGCUCCACAAGUGGUCAGCCACCAAGGAGGCAAUUAGUAUACUAACUGAUCUUGAAUCUCCCAUUCCUUGCUUCUCUCUCUCUCUCUUUCUCUCUUAUUGGUAUUAUUAUUAUUUUUUUUUUAUCAUCAUCAUUAUCAAUGUCUUAUCAUUAUUAUUAUUAUUAUUAUUAUUAUCAUUAUUAUUG